CUGAAGUCUAAUCUUGUGUAUCGGUACUCGGCUAUACAUGUCUUCCGGAGAUUGUACGUCAUUGGCAUCGGCGCUUGAGUGACACAAGAUAGCAAACAAGGUCAAAGGACAUUUCCAUGUCCUCCACAAUCUGGAGGAAAGAUGGACAACACAGGCUAUUGCAGCGAGAGCUUCAACAGCCUGCAGAGCGGAACCAGCGAUGAGGACAUGGUGGAAAUCGCAGGAGCCACGCUGGACUUCUCCAGCACCGAUGACGUGCCUCCUCUGGACCGGGACUAUAGCUCAGGUGGUUCAUAUGGAGUUGGUGAUGGGCCUAAUGGGGUUCCUAAACUGAUGGAUUUACUAGAUGAACCAGUGCCUGGGGUCGGCACAUAUGAAGACUUCAACACCAUCGACUGGGUCCGGGAGAAAUCUAAGGACCGGGAUCGCCACCGAGAGAUUGCUACCAAGAGUAAAGAGUCAACCUUGGCUCUGAUGAAGAGUAUCAGUGAUGCCUUCUCUGGCUGGCUUCUCAUGCUGCUCGUGGGACUAAUGUCAGGUGCCCUAGCUGGUGGCAUCGACAUCUCUGCCCAUUGGAUGACAGAUCUGAAGGAGGGAGUGUGUCUGAACGGCUUCUGGUUUAAUCAUGAGCACUGCUGCUGGAACUCCAACGAGACGACCUUCCAGGAGAGAGACAAAUGCCCUAACUGGAAAAGCUGGGCAGAGCUCAUUGUCGGUACUAAUGACGGUCCUUUCGCCUACAUCAUGAAUUAUGUGAUGUAUGUGUGCUGGGCGCUGCUUUUCUCCUUCCUGGCUGUGUCUUUAGUCAGGGCCUUUGCCCCGUAUGCUUGUGGCUCUGGAAUACCUGAGAUCAAGACCAUCCUGAGUGGGUUUAUCAUCAGGGGCUACCUGGGUAAAUGGACUCUUGUGAUUAAAACCAUCACCCUGGUGCUGGCUGUGUCAUCUGGACUCAGUCUGGGCAAAGAAGGGCCUCUGGUCCAUGUUGCCUGUUGCUGUGGCAACAUCCUAUGCCACCUGUUCACCAAGUACCGUAGGAAUGAGGCAAAGAGACGAGAGGUAUUGUCUGCCGCAGCAGCUGUUGGUGUGUCAGUAGCUUUUGGUGCACCGAUUGGUGGAGUUCUGUUCAGUCUGGAAGAGGUGAGUUAUUAUUUCCCUCUGAAGACGCUGUGGCGCUCUUUCUUUGCUGCAUUGGUGGCGGCCUUCACCCUUCGGUCCAUCAACCCGUUUGGUAACAGUAGGCUGGUGCUCUUCUACGUGGAGUUCCACUCCCCUUGGCACUUGCUGGAGCUCAUACCCUUUGUCCUGUUGGGUAUUUUCGGGGGAAUCUGGGGAGCUUUCUUCAUCCGUGCAAACAUUGCGUGGUGUCGCCGGCGUAAGACCACACGGCUGGGUCACUACCCUGUUUUGGAGGUGCUGGUUGUUACGGCGGUCACAGCUCUGCUGGCGUUCCCCAACAGCUACACGCGUAUGAGCACCAGCGAGCUGAUCUCUGAGCUGUUCAACGAUUGUGGUCUGCUGGAUUCCUCACAGCUGUGUAAUUACGCCAAUGUGAGCGUCACCAAGAGCAGCAGUGAUGCUCUGCCUGAUAGACCAGCAGGACAAGAUGUGUACACCGCCAUGUGGCAGCUCUCACUGGCCCUGGUCUUCAAGAUGCUCAUCACAGUGGUGACCUUCGGCAUGAAGGUGCCCUCUGGCCUCUUCAUCCCAAGUAUGGCUGUGGGAGCAAUUGCAGGCAGGCUGCUUGGUGUGGGUAUGGAACAACUGGCAUAUUACCAUCAUGACUGGGUAAUCUUCAGAGGUUGGUGCUCACCUGGAGCAGACUGCAUCACCCCCGGUCUCUAUGCCAUGGUGGGCGCCACCGCCUGUCUGGGUGGUGUAACUCGUAUGACAGUCUCUCUGGUGGUCAUUAUGUUUGAGCUAACAGGAGGCCUGGAAUACAUUGUGCCUCUCAUGGCUGCCACCAUGACUAGUAAAUGGGUGGCAGAUGCUCUGGGUCGAGAAGGUAUUUAUGAGGCUCACAUCCGUCUCAACGGUUACCCCUUCCUGGAGCCUAAAGAGGAGUUCAGCCACAAGACGCUGGCCAUGGACGUGAUGCGACCCCGCCGUAGUGACCCCCCGCUCUCUGUGAUCACGCAGGACGGGAUGAGCGUGGAGGAAGUCGAGUCGCUCAUUGCUGAAACCUCAUACAGCGGUUUCCCUGUAGUGGUCUCGCAUGAGUCUCAGAGACUUGUGGGCUUUGUGCAGCGCAGGGAUCUGGUCAUCUCUAUUGAAAAUGCUCGUCAGCGUCAGGAAGGUGUGGUUAGUGCCUCCCGAAUCUUCUUCACUGAAUACACACCUCCACAGCCACCCAACAGUCCUCCUCCAUUGAAGCUUCGUGGUAUAAUGGAUCUCAGCCCAUUUACUGUUACCGACCACACUGCCAUGGACAUUGUGGUGGACAUCUUCCGCAAGCUGGGUCUGCGCCAGUGUCUCGUCACUCACAAUGGGCGUUUACUUGGCAUCAUCACCAAAAAGGACAUUCUGAAACAUAUGGCCCAGAUGGCCAACCGAGACCCUGACUCUAUUCUCUUCAACUGAAGUGCCAAACUGGCUGUAAGGAAACACUAGUCAGUUUGAAACCACCCAUUGGGCAGAAAACACCAGUCUGGCCAAAUGAUUUGCACUACAGAACUGUCAGUACUGGGUUAGCGUCCAUUCACACUGUGAAUCCAUUUGUAGAGCCUCAUCGGCGCAGGCGCUACAACUGCAGGAUGGAGGACAUUCAGCAGCGUUCUAUGCACUCUGGCAACUAGCUUAAAGGUGGGAUUGAGUGCAACCAAGUGUUGGUGUUUGCAGGUAGUCAACCUAUCAUAACAUAUCAGUGCAUAAAAACAAAACAAUAUAUACCACACAAGCAAAACUGUAACAUUUUGUAGCAUAAAUCUAAAUAUAGACAUUCACCUACCCGGCCUCUGUUGGAUCGUAUUACUCAAACCCAAAACACCUCUGGUGAAAAGACCACAUCCUCAUCUUUCAGAUUUUAAGAGACAUUCUUGUGUAUGUCAAGAGGAAGUCACAAGCAAUCGGUAGCAGAUGUGCAUUGCAGAGUUCUCCUGCUUUCCACUACAGAAUGGAUGUUAAUCAUAAGUUAAAACCAUUAUUUGUUGUUUACAUGUUCAUAUACAUUUUUUAGUCUUUUUUUGAUUUACUCUGUUUAAAUGAGCACUUGCAAGUAUUCCAGCAUCUGAAAUCUCACGGGAGAAAUGUUAUUUUGUUUUAGCUGAAUCUUAAUGCUUUAUGGGUCAUUUAUGAGUCUGAUGAUUUACAGUUUCCUAAUCUUGUCACGUCUGUAACACGUUUCCAGACUUGUAAUCAGUCAUAAGCAGCACUGUGUAGUUUCUGCCAAGAAAUGACACUUUAAAAGACUCAUUCUCUAUAGAUUUUUCAGAUUACAUGCACUUUUUAAAAUUACAACUUCAUUUUUACACCACCAUUCAAAAGUUUGGGGUCAGUAACAUUUAUGAUUUUGGAAUAAGUCUCUUAUGCUCACCAAGGCUGCAUUUAUUUGAUCAAAAACAUAGUAAAACACUAAUAUUGUGAAAUAAUAUUACAAUUUAAAAUAAUUUUAAAGUAAUUCACUCUUGUAGUGGCAAAGCUGAAUUUUCAGCAUCAUUACUCCAGUCUUCAGUGUAACAUGAACCUUCAGAAAUCAUUGUAAUAUGCUGAUUUGCCGCUCAAGAAAUAUUUCUCUUUUCAGGUUUGACUGUUGAAUAUGAAGUUCAAAAGAACUGCAUUUUUUUGAAACAGAAAUAAGAUUAUAAAUCUCUUUUCUGUCACUUUUGAUCAAUUUAACGCGUCCUUGCUGAAUAAAUUAGAAAAUUAGUUUCUUAAAAAAAAUCUUACUAACCCGAAACCUUUGAUCAGUACACUAUGUGGUUAUCAAAUGUUUUAAUACCACUGUUAAAACGACACAUUAUGUAGCAUUUCUCUAUGCAAGUUAGGUUGGCAUUAUUUUUGGACAAUAUGUAUGUGCAAUCAAUGCAAAAUGGCAUUACAUUAUACCGUUAAUAUAAGUCAGAUUUAAGCCUUUUAAUUCUGAAUAACUUCUCUUAUCACAAUCUCUAAUUAUCCUAUAAUUACAAUUUUUCUGAAGCUUGGCUGAAUGGUACGCAAGUUUUCUCCAUUAACAAAUGCUGCUUGUAUGCGUUGCCUGUACCAUUUAUAUUCCUAUCACAUGCAUGUCCAAAUGUAACCUGAGCAUGCAAUAUGUAGUCAUCUGAAUCGUGCAAUUUUAUUAUACGCAUAUCAACCCAGAUGUUUCCAUUUUAAUGUUUAAGCCUGCAUCUGUUUGACUUGAUCUUUUUUAAUAAUUUGCAUUUUUUUGCUAGCAUACCACAACACUUCUAUGUUUAUGAAACUCACAGUGGAACACAGAGUGAAUGCUUUUAAGCAGUGCUUGAAACUCCUCAAGUGGCACAUUAGCUUGGUUGGUUCUCAGUCCUUAGCUAACCUUCACAGUAUUUCCUUUUUUUUUUUUUUUUAUCAAAAUGUCACUCAUUUUGAUAAAUAAAGGGCCACUUUAUUAAAAACAUCCAUACUAAUUAUUGAGAAAAUAUGUAAUGGUUGUGCGCAGUCAUUUUUUUGGUUCUUUAUACUCAUUGUUUAAAUUGUGUAAACUUGUUUUUUUUUUUUUAUGUCAGCAUUAUCCAUUAGUGUUAAAUAUGAAUGUCUCAUUAUCAUUGUAAUUUAUUUGGAAGCAUUACAUGAAAUAUAACAUGUAACAUGCUCUUUAGUGUUUCUUUUCAGUGUGAUAUUUGGUGAUUAAUGUUGUUCCUCAUGUUUCUCAAAAUUAUUUCAAGAUGUCUGUCUUUUUGUCCUGGCAUUCUUUUGAAAAAUGUUAGUUUAACUUUGGAUUGUUUGGAUAAAUUUGAGUCAAAUUUGAGUCAUGCAAAGUCUCACUUUUCAUCUAACCCUAUUUUUGGCUCUAGA